AAGAUAAGACUAAACGCAAGCGCCUCCAAGUACAACCUGACCACGAAAACCUGACCGUGUUGCAAAACUUGCUCGCUCCAUCUUCUCCGCAUCAACAGCGACAGGACGAUCUCCGAAGGCAACUGUGAGAUCUCGGAGAAGUGCACACCGUCAUGGAUCCUGCGACCGCUGGUGUUGCCUCUGGCAGCCCCGCAGUAGUCAAGGAACUCAUUGAUAGAGCAAAAGCACUGAAGCGCAUGUGGAUAGAUACCGGAGGCGUUGAUGGCAGCACCGAAGCCAUUGUGGCGGCGCUCGAGGCUUUUGAUUUCGCCAUGUCAAUUUUCCAACUGCAAUUAUCCAAAUCUGAAGCUUUCAGUCUCAUCCUCCAGCAGUGGUGGAAUCAAAGACAACUAGAUGCACUUCUGUCAAAUGCAGCGAAGACAUUCUCAAGACUCAACAUAAUCUCGACAGAAAUCGCCAAUAACGGCUCGCUCUUGCAACUCCCAGGCUGGCAAGGGUCCCGAAUGGAACAAGAAAUUGGCCAUCUUCGCCUCCGAUUGCAGACAUAUACCGCGACUCUCAGUAUCCCAGUACUCAUAAUGAAUAUUCGUGGGACGCAUGUUACACAAACACCCCCGACUCAAAUCCACCUCGACUACCUCAAUGGCCGACUGCUUAAGCUUGACGAAGAUAUUGCAAAAUUGACCGAGCAACUACAAACGUUGUUUCUUGAUCAAUCUUCGGGCGGUACGGUGCCAGCAGCUGAAGCGCUAGAGUACUAUCAAGAUAGCGAAGAGUUGAUCGACAUCGCACGAGAUUUAAGAUCCAGUGCUAGUUCCAUUGCUUCUAGCAGCGAAAGCGUGGGUAGCACCGUCUUUACCAUCUCUGACGCGAAGACAAUCGCCUCUGCAGCCUCUGUCGAUGGAGAAUUCAGGGAAGAAUCCCACAGAGUCAUCGAAGAAUGGCUCGGGGAUGAAGUUCCUGAGGUCCAGCCUGGCCCUCCUCCGCCUGCAAAUGCUCCAAUCACUCCUAUACCCGACACCGAUCCAUUACCCGCCGAGUCAUCCCCACCAAAAACUAACAACCAGCCUACCACCCGUGCCUCAGAAUCAAGAACUCGCCCUCAGGCAUCCCGUCAACAAAAAGAGAAAGUUCGCCCUCGCAUUCCAGAGACAACAAGCAAUAUCGAUCCAGAGGCUAGAGUGAUACUAGAAAGGUUCCGUUAUGGGAAAAAGCUCGUGUUACAGAGAAAGUACAGCGAAGCCGAGCCUCACCUGCGGAAAACGUGGGACAUAGCGCGAGAUUAUGGUAGACAGGUUUCGCUUGUAAACGAUCCAAGCUUGUUGCAAGAUCCAGUUUUACAAGUGCUUGCGCAGACAGAAGUACAAACAGAAAUUCAACUUCUCCUUGCUGACAGCUUGAUCGGAGGAAAAUGCUACAGCAAGCAGAACACUGAUGUCUCGGUGUUCAGAGAACCGCAGGACAUGCUGCUGAAUAUAGUCCAGGCUAAUAACACCACUAGAGACGAGCGCCUGUCAGCCGCGGGCUCACUUAUUGAAUUAGCUAUCAUUAUGACACGAAGCUUUAUUGGAGGGCUCAAAUUCGGACUCAAAUACGAGCUACAAGUAGAAAGAAUCUCUGUCAACCGAAUCGAGCAGAUGAUAAAUCAUGUUUUUGCCCAGGUUUUGAGCAGCAGGAUCCAUGAGGGUGUAAAAGCAGACGCUUUUCACGUGCAGGCGUGGACGAAGCUAGUGUUGGGUUGUUCUUGUAAACUAGGUGCACAAAUACUGGCAGAAAUGCUAGCAGAGGCGAAAGAAAGCUGCAUCAAAGCCAUACGCUUGAAGGAGCGCAACUUCGGCUUUGGACAUCCAAGACACAAAGCCUCUCUCGCACUACUGAUCUACAUCUGCACCGAAUCAAACGACUCCGAUCUUCCUUUCUGGCUGCUCGGCCUUCCGGAAGGGAUAACUAUCAGCGACAUGAAAGACCCCAGAGAUAACCUUAUAACUUCUUCUAAUCCUGGCCGUGGGUUCCGUUCUCCCUUGCAAUUGGUCUCGAGCUGUCGUAGCACGCUCACUCGAGCUCAGAUGGAUUCUCUAGGCGCGUUUUUCGCUCCCAUACUUCCACCGCCGAAGCUACAAGCGAGGCCUCCUCCAGCGCCUGCUCCGGCACCGUCGAAAGCCCCUGAAGCCAAGAGAAAAAGUGGAUUUUUCAAGUUUAUGGAUAAUUUGGUGGAUGGUAAAGCUAAGAAGGGCGAUGAGCAUGCUGGUAAAAAUAAACUUAGGAAGAGCGGCGACAAAGAUGGCAGGUGAUGAGAUCGAGUACUUUCAUUCUCUCGAGGGUGAUGGAUAGUAGGUUGGCAGCGUUCGGGUGUCGAGGUGUCGUGGCAAAAUCACGCUGAUUGCUUCGAAACAACAAGUUCUUGAUAUUCCUCGAAGCUUCCUCCGUCUUGACAGGUGCACGUUUAAGCUUGGACUGUUGAUCACGGUAGAAGCAAUGGGGCAUUUAGAGAAUUCAGAAGCUUACUUGCAGUCUUUUGAGUAACAAAAGUUAUGUCAAAGUUUAGGAUAUAUUGAGGUGCAUUUGCGCCUUGCCAUGAUGGAAUGCUGAC